AUGCCCGGUCCCACCCAAGCCCUUUCCCCAAAUGGAGAGAAUAACAACGACAUCGUGCAGGACAACGGCACCAACAUCAUCCCGUACAGGAAAAACACAGUGCGGGGAGAGCGCACCUACAGCUGGGGGAUGGCGGUCAACGUUUAUUCUACCUCAAUAACACAGGAGACUAUGAGCAGGCAUGAUAUCACUGCCUGGGUCAAUGAUCUGCUCUGUCUAAACUACACUAAGGUGGAGCAGCUGUCCUCAGGGGCAGCCUACUGCCAGUUCAUGGACAUGCUCUUUCCUGGAUGCAUCAGUCUUAAAAAGGUCAAGUUUCAAGCUAAAUUUGAGCACGAAUACAUUCACAACUUCAAAGUAUUGCAACAAUCUUUCAAAAAGAUGAACGUGGAUAAGAUUAUUCCUGUGGAGAAACUGGUAAAGGGAAGAUUUCAGGACAAUCUUGAUUUUAUCCAGUGGUUUAAGAAAUUCUUUGAUGCUAAUUAUGACGGAAAAGAAUAUGACCCAAAGGAAGCGAGACAGGGGCAAGAUGCCAUCCCUCCCCCAGACCCAGGAGAGCAGAUCUUCAACCUGCCAAAAAAGUCCCAUCAUGCAGCUAGCUCCCCCACCGCAGGAGCAUCAAGAAUGAGUGCAACAACCCCCAAAUCCACAACACCCACGUCGAGACCCUCGUCGGCCAAAAGGACCCCCACAGCCACCUUUACGACUGCGAAAGGAGAGAAGGAACUGGAGGCUCAAGUCAUACAGCUCACAGACCAGGUGAACACAUUAAAGUUGGCAUUAGAAGGAGUGGAAAAGGAACGAGAUUACUACUUUGGUCGACUGCGAGCGGUGGAGCAGCUAUGCCAGGAACAGGCAGAAGAAAACGCUCCUUUUGUGGAUCAGCUAAUGGAGGUCCUGUACGCCGCAGAUGACCAGGAUAGUGGUGAGUUGGCAGAGGGAGACUGCCACGACGGGGAGCUCCUCGCACACGAAGUCCCAGACGAUCAAGAAGAACAAGACGAAUACUGA